AUGUUUAUGUGUAAUAGGGAUUAAGAUUCAAUCUUAAAUCAGUUAUUAACAGUUCAAAUGGGCAUGAAGUCGACAUCUUUAAGAUUUCUGGAAAGAGUUUAAUUUCCACUUUGAAUAAUCGAGGGAAAGAUGAAUAUUUGCUGAAGGUCACAUUGUCAAACUACUGACGAACAAAACAACAUGUUUUGGUACGAAACCCAGUUCCGACAUGCCGAGGCUGCUAGACAACGAAACAAGAGAGAGGAGAGGAAGCUCAAGAUUGAAAUUGAGAGAAAAAAUGGAAUGCAGGCUAUAUACAAAAGUGAGGUAGACGCCGUGUCAAAGGAACAGAGACGUAUCAAACGUGAAUUAGACAGAAUACGUAAAAGCUCCGUGGGUCCGAUAAACGUGUUCAAUAAGAACACAAAGCCAUACCCUAUACAUUCAAAAAUGCCUGUACGUGCAUCUAGAUCAGUGAAACGUAAAAUUUCUCGAAUCGAACAAAGAUUUCAAUUCUUAUCAGGUGAAUGCGAUCACGGGAAAAAUGAACUUGAGAACGACUUAAUGCGUGCUAUUAUGUUCAUUGAUUGUAAAAAGAACAGAAGCGAAAAUAAUGCCGUUUUUAGUCAGGACACAAAAAGUCAUUUUAAUGACCUAACAACAACCGACGAUUCAUCGAGCACUUCACAAAGACUUGUAUUGGGCAAUGAUAUUACGACGGGUGACAAUAGCAUUACACAGAGUGAAGUAGAUAAUACUUUACACGAUACACAAUCCAUAUCUAACGAUACAAACGUACUCAAAGUGCUAUCUUCAGAACGCUCAGUCUCGCCUGCACAUUCGUGUAUGUCAACUGAAGAAUUGUCAAAUAUUGAACAUUUGGACAACGAUCAACUGACGCAGUUAAAGACCGACUAUCAUUCCUACAGAGAACCUGAAAGUGGCAGAACUACGGAAUACGUAACAAAGCACCGUAUUAAAAGCUUGGAUUUGUCUCAGUUAGCCAGUUUGGAUAUGAAAUCUGUGAAAUCAAAUGUUUCUCAGCGGCUUUUAGGAGCAAAUCCACCGUCACAGGCAGAUUUAUCUCGAAGACGCGUUUCGGAUGGAAGUUAUUCUAUUUCCAAAACUUCUUCAAGGGUAAAACAACCUACCACUGUGCCAAAGAGGCGUAUUUCGGAUGGAAAUGUGCUUCCCAAAUCUACAACUUCCGCCGUAAUUGGAUCAUCUGUGUCAGUGGAUGGCGAAACCAAACACCAUACUCCGGAAGAACACCCGAAAGACAAAGAUCGCCAGACACCAUUAAAGAAGAAAGUUCCAAAACAGCCGAAACUUCUGUCACCAAAACUUGAUGUAGAAGAUGAAGGGGAAGAUGAACGCGAUGGAAGCUCGCCCAGAAUCCUGGGGUCAACAGAUGAGGCUUGGGAAAUGGCACGAAAGGCUAGAUAUCUUCGCACGAAUGAUCCACGUCAGUUGGAACAGGAGCGGGAAUUAAGUUUGAAGGAAAUUUUUGACUGACAAGGGAAAAUCUUUUGCCAAAACGACAGUGCUGUGAUAAGUAUGUUUGAAUUAUUAUUAUUAAGAGGGACAAUUUUAUCUGUUUCUGGUUGCAUAUGAAGGGGAGGAGAAUCUUUUUCGUAAAACGGCAGCUUUUAACCAACAGCAUACCCAAAAGCUACAAGGAAUAUAUGAAGACGUUGUUUAAUCUAAACAUACUUAAUUUAGUGUUGGAACAUCCAGUGUUUGUUCAGACUUCAGGAAAGAUAACAGAACUAUUGUAAAUAACAGGUAUCAUUUAGAGACCAACGCGUUUAAAUAAAUCAUUUUUAUCUUCUUGUUUCGUUUGAUAUUGAUUUACCCUUUGAAUAUGUCCGGUCAAGUAUGUAGGCUAAUUAAUAGUUAGUUUGAAUGACCAACAUAUAGUUCAGACAAUAAUUGUGUAAUCUUUCACGAUCUAAAUUAUCAACAUGGCGGUGUUAAUAAUAGUUAUUUGGCUCAGCUCUUACUGUUGAUCAAAAUCAGAAAAUUCUACAAUUGUAUGUUGCUAAUUUUAGAAUAUAGCUCGUUCUAUAAAAAUAAAAAUACAAUUGUUUGUAUUUGUUCAUUUGGGCUUUUUAUAUUUCGAGACUAACUACCUAUAAAUGUCCAACUCUUUUGUAACUCUGCAUUUGUUAGUAGAUAAAGGUAAUUCUGAAGAAGCCCAUAGAUUAACUUAACAUGGUCUAUGCAUGCAUGACUUUAGUUCAUGUACACAAAGUUGUCAAAUCUGUGAGUUUAAGUUUUAUAAAUAAGCCCUGGGUUAGGAUUUUAUAUAAAAAUGGGAUUAAUGCAACUCAACUACCCUUGAAGAUUGCCAAGUGAACAAGAGUGAUAAAUUUAAGUAGACUCUUAAUAUAUAUAUCUUAUGCUCACUAAGGUUACUUGGUUAAAAUACAUCUCAGAACAUAGCGAACUAACUGGUUGGUACAUUUUAUGAAAUAUUUAUUACUUAGCUACGCCACUUUAAAUAAUUAUUUAACCACCUAGUAUAGAAUAUGAUGAAUACGUGUAGGUUAGUACGUAUCUAUAUAACAUAGCGUAAACAUAAACAUAUAACUAUUAAAUAUUACAAUUUUAAACCUGAUAAGGGGUUUAAGAUACUCACCACUCGAAGUGCAUAUGAUUUAAAACAUUAUAAAUGGAUUUUAUAAAAGGAAUAGUUAUAUCACUAUGUAACAAACCCUUUAUUUGUGUUAUAUCUUAGUCUUUGCUUUACGAUUAAUGAGUUUGUUUUGUAUAUAAAAUUUAUGCCGUCCUUAUCAAAUGUACAUAGAAUAUCAUUUAUAAUUGUUAUUGUAUAUGAUAUAUAUUUUUAUCAUCAGUGUUUAUAUAAACUCAGUUUUUCUAAUUUGUUAAUCUUUAUAAAUAAAAAUUACACCUAUU